AAUAUAACGAUGGAGAAAAUAAUCGGGGUGAAAGUGCAAAUUAGGAAAACUUUAAACCCAAAGCAAACCCCUCUUCUCUCUGUCUCUCUCUUCAACAGAAAUUGUCUCAUAUCAGUAUUAGCAGAGUGGACUAGAUAAGAAACCUCACCAAACCCUCUCUCCAUUCACAAUCACAUUAACCUAGUUUAGAGAAAUGGCGAACUUAAGAACAGCAAUGGACGCUACCUUCUGGGACCUCAACAUUUCAACUCCGCAAUCCAUUGAUGGCGUAUGCAGGGCUAUUCCAGGGGAUCCCAUUCCCCUUGACGGUGCAAGGGCCAGCAGGGCCCUCAGGUUUCAGCAAAUUUCUCUCUUGGGAAACGGCUUUCCCUUGGGCAUCAUUCCCUCCUUUUCUCCUUCCAUUAAUCACAAGGAAUUGGGCUCUCUCGCCUUCCAGUCCCUUAUUGGCCGCGCUGUUAUCGGCGACUGGUGGCUUGGAAUAAUCGGGCAGUUUCGCCCAAAGAAACUGAUAUCCUCUAUCAAAGCUGAAGUUUCAGCAGCAGAAGAGUGGGAGCUACCUUUGCUUAAAGAUGUUGGGAAGCAUUUCGUGGAUAAAUCGCUCUACGCAUUAGGUCUAUGCUCGCAGAUUUCACUAACAUCCUCAUCAUCCGUUUUGCUGAGCACUGAAAAGCAUGGGGAAAGGAAGAACCGACGCACCAAGGCCAUGCUCUUUCACAAGCUUCCGGAUCAUGAUAUCACUUUGGAAGCCGCAUGGCCAGAGCUUUUCAUAGACCAUAAAGGAAAAUAUUGGGAAGUUCCUGAAUCCAUAUCUUUGGACUGUUUGUCCCUUGUCACCGAGUCUGGAUUGCGAUACCGAUUUGGAUUACAUAAAAAUAGUGGCAGUCCACAAGCUGUUGAUUCCACUAAUACUGAAAGUAAAAGUCCUGUUGCCUUAUUGCCCGGAUUAUGUGCAAAAGCUGCCUUUUCUUAUGAGAAGUCAAAGGACUUGUGGAGGCAAAAGGAAACAAAGGAUGAUGUCAUGGUCGAAACAGAAGAAGGUCAGGUUUUGUGUCUCCCGUAUGAUGUCCGUCUCAAGGAUCCUCACGCAGCAAUAUCUGGAAUUAUAGGGGGUACUUGUGAGGCAUGGCUACAUGGCGUGGAAGGCUCACAAGACGUCAACCAAAGAAGCCAGAGGAGAGGCCGUUUUGGGGCUGAUUUAUUUGGCUCACUAUGCUACACUUUCCAACACGGGAGAUUCAGAAAUAACUUUGGAGACCUUACCAGAAUAGAUGCUCGCUUGGAUAUUGCUUCGGCUUCAGCUGUAGCCAAAAAGGUGGCCAACCUUUUCAGCGGCGCACAAACUAAUCAAUCGCUGAAUGAAGUGUGCUCUCCCAGACUCAAUUUCAUUUUUCAGCAGCAGGUGGCUGGGCCUAUUGUUUUUCGGGUGGAUUCGAAAUUCUCGAUUGGGUCGUCGUCGAGCAAGCAGGGGCCACAGCUGGAGGAUCUAAUAUACAGCUUGAACUACUCUCUGAGACUGCUGGGCUCUGGGAAGGUGGUGGCCUGGUUCUCUCCCAAACGAAAAGAGGGGAUGAUUGAGCUUCGACUCUUUGAGUUCUGAGCUUUUCAACACUUUUAAUCUGCAUAACUAAAACAACUAGUUUUGAUGUUAGUUGCCCUCCUCCUCUAUAUCUUUAUGCACUCACAAUCAAGCAAAAUUUAGGCACAAAUCUAAAUCUCGUCUCCAACUUGGCACACCCCUUCUAUUCUUCACCUUAUUUUACACAUAAUUUUCUCUUAGGCAAAGAGUUUUGAAGUUGUUAGAGAUCACAUGCUGUGUUAUUUCUGCAAAUUGUAGAAAUUCCCCAGUAUUUCUUUCUGAAA